AUAAAACCAUAGCUAGACCAAAUUGCUUGAACAACGCUCAAUUUCACGUGGAAACCUUGAAAAGCUGAAUUUAACACCAAAACCAUAGAGAAGAUGAAUACAUGAGUGGACAUAUAAAUAGUGAAGGAAGAAGAGGGUCUUUGUCGUUGUCUUUCAUUCCCAUCAAACAUGAUUGAACAAAUAUUUAUCCUCAAGAAGGGCUCCAUGGACAUCAAAUAUAUUAAGAAAUUUCCAUCAACACUGAGGUUGGUAGUUUUACUCAUGGUUGCAAUUUGUGGAAUAUACAUUUGCUCAGUAAAUUUCGACAAACCAACAAGGGUUCGCACAAACACCAACUUGAUGGAACUAAAAUUCACCAACCAGUCAUGUUAUCCUUCUGGUGUAGAAGAAUGGGAAGUCCCCUAUUUGCAUUAUCCACAACCCAAGACUUACAAUAGAGAGGAGUGUGCAUGCAAUCCUGUUCGGUUUUUCUGCAUCUUGACAACGCAAAGAUCUGGGAGUGGAUGGUUUGAGACGUUAUUGAACAGUCAUAUGAAUGUAAGUUCCCAUGGAGAGAUAUUUGGUAUGGCUAAAAGAAGGGAGAAUGUUUCUUCAAUUUUGAAGACAAUGGAUGAAGUUUUCAAUCUUGAUUGGCUCAGUGGUGCUUCCAAGAAUGAGUGUUCCGCAGCUGUGGGUUACAAGUGGAUGCUUAAUCAGGGUUUGAUGGCGCAUCAUAAGGAGAUAGCGGAAUACUUUGAACGAAGGAGAGUUUCUACAAUAUUCCUUUUCAGAAGGAAUUUGCUCCGAAGAAUGGUUUCUGUGCUGGCAAAUUCCUAUGAUAAAAAUGCAAAGGCACUUAAUGGAACUCAUAAGUCUCAUGUACACUCCACUGAAGAGGCUGGAAUUCUCGCCAAAUACAGGCCAUUGAUCAAUACCAUGUGGUUGACGACAAAGCUAAAGCAAACUGAGGAGACAUCUGCAAAAGCCAUUCAAUACUUUAACAACACUCGCCACAUUGUUCUAUACUACGAGGAUCUCGUUAAUAAUGUCACUAAGCUGAAAGAUGUUCAAGAAUUUCUAAGAUUGCCGUAUAGAGAUUUGCACAGCGGGCAGGUAAAGAUUCACACUGCACCAUUAUGUGAGCAAAUUGAAAACUGGGAUGAAGUACAGAAAACGCUGAUAGGCACACCAUACUUCAAUUUUCUCCUCUCAGACUAAUCAAAUAUUUAGCACGAGAGACAAUAUCUGAUUUUGACACCAAUAGACAAAGAUUUCUCCUUCUAUAUAUGUUACUAUACUCAUGAAAGAUUCUUUGACUAGCACUAUAACAUUAUUCUAUGUACUUGAGUGCAACUUCUUGGAAACUUUAGCUUAAAGUAAUAAAGCAUUUAAUGUCGUUCCCAGAGAAAUGGUGUGGUCAACAUGAUCAAAAUAUUUGAAGUUGAUAUUUUAUGUAAGAAAAAUGCAGACAGAAGUUACAAAGACCGAC